AUGGCCUCCAUGAUCACCCGCCGCUUCUUCUCCACGACGGUCCGCCGUCUGCAGCAAAACACCAGCAAGCAGGAGCUGCAGUCCGAGUCCAAGCGCAACCCCGAGACUUUUAUUCUGGGUGGUGUGAUGGUCCUCGCUCUGGGCGGUGCUGGCUUCUACUUUGGCCGCUCCCCCACCGGCGCAACAUCCGAAUCCCCCGUCAACGUCGCCGCCAUGCCCUGGCAGGGCGACGCCGAGGGCAAGUACACGUACCACCCCGGUGGCGACCCCAACGCCGCCCCCCGCGACGCCCCCAGCGCCCUCAACGUCGUCAUCAUCCCCAACGUCACCGCCCCCAAGGAGGCUCACGAGAAGUUCAACAAGUGGGGCAAGGAGGGCUACCCUUAA